AUGGCAGAAGAGAAAGCUCAAAAACGGGACCAGACCUAUGCGGCUCCUCUACAUCAAGUCUCUGACCCUCACCUAGUCCUCCCGUUGAGAACACCCCUUCCGUUACAUGAUAACCGCUCUCUCACUUUGACCUCCGUUGAUCAACAAUCUUACGCUGACCGCACGACUACAUGCCGGGCCAACUGCAAGUGCGCAUGUCACAAGAUCCAGAGGUCGUCUACACCCUCAUUUCUGAGCGGGAUCCUGGGCCAGCUCUUUGUCGAACAUGCCGGCAUUCCGACCCUUAACACCAAAUGCAAUACAACCGGAUGCAUCAAUCCGCAGGGCUCGCAGUUAUACGCUGAAUACUGGCUUCCAUCCGGUGCCUUGCGUUCGCAAAUAGUCCGCUUCUGCGCCGCUUACCACACCAACUCGGGCCCGUCGUUCCAACUACGCACCCUACGCCGUGUGCCCGACUCGGCACCCGCCGUUAGCUUUGCCAUGAAUGGGAAUAUCCAGGGCCUACAGGACCUGUUUAACCGUGGUGAAGCCUCGCCUCAGGACGUCAGCGACACCCGUGGCUACUCCCUCCUACGUUGGGCACUUUAUUCGCGGCAGUAUAAAACACUCCGUUUCCUCCAUGGGGCCGGCGCGGACGCGGAUUACCGGCCAAAGGCCCUCCACGACAACAGCCCCAGCAACAAGGCGGCCGAUGCCUUGAUGAUGGGCGGCCUUACCAGCGACGUUGUCGAAGACCUUUCAUGCAUCGCCAACAAAGACUGGGCCGACGAGCAGGACUUCCCGCUGCUGCACCGUAUCGUCCUCGGCUUACACGGAAAAGACCUGGAACAGGCACUCGCCGAGGAUCCCACUGCCGUAAACCACACGGACGCCAUGGGCCGCACCGCGCUAAACUGGGCCGCCGCCCGGGGCGACAACCCCAGCAUAACCACCCUCCUCCACCACGCCGCCGACCCCAACAUCCUCGACCGCCAACACUCGGGCUCCCUCUCCUACGCCGCCGAAAAGAACCACACCACCUGCGUCCUUACCCUCCUCACAGCCGGCGCGCACACCGACCCGCCCAUCCCGGGCCACCACCCCGUCGGCACGCCCCUCAACUGCGCGGCGCGCAACGCCUCCGACCCAGCCCUCGUCGAAGCACUCCUCGCCUCCGGAGCGUCCGUCGACGCCGCCGGCAUCGACGGCCGCACGCCGCUGCACCACGCCGCGCACGCCGACAACGCGUCCUUCGCGCGGUUAUUGCUUGCCCAUGGCGCUGAUGCCGACGCCGUGUCGGCCGCGGGACACACGCCGCUCACGGCGGCGGUGGUUGCGAAUAGUCAUGGUGUUCUUCGCGUGUUGUUGUUGUUGCGGGAGGAGGGGGUGCAGGGAGGGUGCUUGCGGGCGCCGGGUUUGUUGGAUGCGGCGGCGCGGUAUGCGGAUUGUGAGACGUUGGGGUUGUUGGGGCUGGGGGCGGGUCGGGUACGGUUGGAGGGGUGUGGUGGUAUGGGGUAUUAUAAGGGGGAGGGGGGGUUGGAGGAGGUUUUGCGCCGGCGGUAUGAUGGGGACGAGAAGCUUGGGUGUGCGUUUGCUGAUUUCCUGGCCGCCAUGCGGGAAAGGGAGUUGGGUGAGAAGGGCGUUGCCGGGGGUGGGUUUUCUGGUUCGACGGAGCAUCUGCUUGACUAA